AUGCCAUUUAUAUUGUUCAUUUUAUUUUCCAAUUUAUUAUUGGUCGCAUUUGGACAAUUCAGUAAUCGUAAUAAACCUGACGAUUAUGAGAAAAAAUGGAUGAAAAAAUCGAAUAAAAAUAUAUUACCGACCGAAGUACUUCAUCGAUCAAAAGAGCUCGAAUAUAUUAAAUAUAUAAUGGAGCAGAAUGCGAAAAGUGAAGAAUACAACAUGUUACGCCGAGUGAUACCUGUUAUAAUGCUGAGAAAUUGGACUGAGCCAUUAGUUUUGAUUAACACUGAUCCUGACGAGCAGGCCGUUUAUUUCCCAAUGACAGAAUGGGAAAAGAGCGAAAAUGGCAAUCGGGAAAGUGAAUCAAUGUUCGAAAAGAGCGUUGUAUCACCGGCUAACGAAUUGAUGAAUCAAUUAUUGGAACAUGCUGCUGCAACAAAAAAUGAUUUGCUAAAUGAUGAUGGAUUGAAAAAGGGCCUGGAAUUGAAUACUGGACUAGAACAACCGAAUAUAAACGGAACAUUGGAAGAGCAGAAUAUAACGGAAGUUUAUGAAGAACCAUUUAUUCAGAUUCAUGUGAAACCGCUCUGCAAAGGAUCUAACUGUUAA